CCGGCCGCUCGCUGGCUCCGGGGCCGCGGCGGCUCCUCUGCCGGGUCGCGCCGGAGGACAGGCUUCGGGCGGCGGCUUGGACGGCCUGCGGACCGAGCGGGUGGGCCGAGCCGCGGUGCCCCGCGCCUGCCGUCUGCCCUGCCCGCUCGCGCGGGGCGCGCACCAUGGCCGCCUCGCCGGGCUCGGGCAGCGCCAACCCGCGGAAGUUCAGCGAGAAGAUCGCGCUGCACACGCAGCGGCAGGCCGAGGAGACGCGGGCCUUCGAGCAGCUCAUGACCGACCUCACCCUGUCGCGGGUUCAGUUUCAGAAGCUUCAGCAACUGCGCCUUACACAGUACCAUGGGGGAUCCCUGCCUAACGUGAGCCAGCUUCGGAGCAGUACAUCAGAGUUCCAGCCAUCAUUUCAUCAAGCUGAUAAUGUUCGUGGAACCCGCCACCAUGGGCUGGUGGAGAGGCCCGCCCGGAACCGCUUCCACCCCCUUCACCGAAGGUCUGGGGAGAAGCCAGGGAGACAAUUCGAUGGAAAUGCUUUUGCAGCCAGUUACUCUUCGCAGCCCCUGGAUGAGAGCUGGCCAAGGCAACAGCCUCCUUGGAAAGAAGAAAAGCAUCCUGGAUUCAGGCUGACAUCUGCACUUAAUAGGACCAAUUCUGACUCUGCUCUUCACACAAGUGCUCUGAGCACCAAGCCCCAGGACCCCUAUGGAGGAGGCGGCCAGUCACCCUGGCCUGCCCCGUACAUGGGUUUCUGUGAUGGAGAAAACGAUGGCCAUGGGGAAGUACCGUCUUUCCCCGGUCUGUUGAAAGAAGAGAGUCUGCUAAAUGUUCCGAAGCCGCUGCCUAAACAACUGUGGGAGACCAAGGAGAUCCAGUCUCUGUCUGGACGCCCUCGAUCCUGUGAUGUUGGGGGCAGCAAUGCUUUUCCACAUAAUGGCCAGAACAUGGGCCUCUCACCGUUCCUGGGGACCCUGAACACUGGAGGGUCAUUACCAGAUCUAACCAACCUGCACUACUCAGCACCGCUGCCAGCCUCCCUGGACACCAGCAUGAGUGUGGGGAAUAGUGUGGGCAGCCUUCCCGCCGCUAUGACUCAUCUGGGCAUACGAAACUCCCCUGGUCUCCAGAGUUCUCGAAGUAAUCCUUCCAUCCAAGCCACACUCAAUAAGACUGGGCUAUCAUCAUCCUUCAAUAGCCCCCCACAGACAUCUGUGGCCAGUGCAUCUGCUCUUCACCCCUCGCUCCGUCUCUUCUCCCUUAGCAACCCGUCUCUCUCCACCACAAACCUGAGUGGCCCCUCUCGGCGCAGGCAGCCUCCAGUCAGCCCUCUCACGCUCUCUCCUGGCCCUGAAGCACAUCAAGUCUUCAGCAGACAGCUUUCUUCAACCAGCCCAUUGAACCCAUACCCUGCCUCCCAGCCAGCCUCCUCUCCCCGGGCAGUGGUAUCCUUCCUGCCCACAGAAGCUCAAGCCCAAGUGUCCCCACCACCCCCUUACCCCACACCCCAGGAGCUGCCCCAGCCACUCCUGCAGCAGCCCCAUUCCCAGGAGGCCCCUGCUCAUCCGCCCCAGGCAGCCCCCUCCCUGCCACAGUCGGACUUCCAGCUCCUCACUGCCCAGGGCUCGUCUGUGACCAACUUCUUCCCAGAUGUGGGCUUUGACCAACAGCCCAUGAGGCCCAGCCCUGGCUUUCCUCAACAGGUACCUCUGGUGCAGCAGAGUCACCGAGAGCCACAGGACUCAUUUCACUUGAGACCUAACCUGUAUUCCAACUGUGGGAGCUUCCCGAACACCGUCCUGACAGAAGAUCCCAGUGCCAGUCUGUACAAAGGCCUUAGUGGGGGGCUGUCGGGCAUGCCCGAGGUUGGCCUGGACAUGGACACUCCGUUUCCAUUGGAAGAGGAGCUGCAGAUCGAACCGUUGAGCCUGGAUGGACUCAACAUGCUAAGUGAUUCCAGCAUGGGCCUGCUGGACCCCUCUGUGGAGGAGACGUUUCGAGCUGACCGGCUAUGAGCACAGUGCAGUGCAGCAGGGGACCUGAAAGGGCCUGCGCACAGGCCAGAACGGAGCCAGCCGACACUGGAGGCAGCCGUGCUGUCCCAGGCUCUCCUGAAGUCCUAGCUCAGAUGUCAUGGCUUUCUAGACCUAUCUGCAUCCUGCCCCUCCGGCCUGUGACACUGGCUGGACUGCUGCAAGCCAGCUGCUUUGGAGCCUCUGAUGACUGUGAAGCUCACUGUGUCACCCUCUGUUCGUUCUUUCUAUUGGCCAUCUAGUCAGUUUGUAAACAUAGAGUGCUGUGUAACGCCAGUCUCUGAACCACAGAUCCCAGUCAACACUGAAGGUGGGACCCAGUGUAGGAGUCAGUUGGGAGCCACAGGCCUGCGGAGUUGGCUCAUUAUCACACCACGGUACCAGAGCACCACAAUGCCUUUGUGCCUGAUCAGCAAGGCCAGGCACCCCGCAGCUGGUGGAUAGUCUGGGCCUCCCCAUUGCUCUGCCAGAUGGCGUAAUGAGGUGAAGCAGCUUACCCACCCGUCCAGGGCGGGGCGGCUGUCCUUAGGCAAGCUGAGCUCAGUUUGCUUUCUCCCAGUCUGUGAUCACUUUGCUGCUGCUUUCCUGUACACGGACCUUUUUCUCACAGACAGGAGGAGAGGGAGACCCAUUUGCUCACUCAAGAAAAGUUCCCUGGACAUAGGGUGAGCCUAAAGAGGGCAGCUCUCCCUCUAGGAGGCUGCAGGUAUGUCACCUGCACAAGAUGUCCCCGUCUUAGGCCCGCCACCCUAUGCCCCACUGGACAGAGCUGCUGGGGUUCCUAUCAAAGCGUAGUGGCUGAACUGCCCUUUUCCUCCCCAGCGUUCUCUGUUUAAUGCAGUCCCACUAGACUGUAAGCUCUGAGAGGGCAGGAGCUGUGCCUUGUUCCUGCUUGAACCCCUCGUGCCUACCAAGUGCCUGGUAAGAAUGAGUGCUGUGUGACUGGGUGUGGCACCCAAUCAGGGGUGCAUGAAUCAAUAUGCCAUGUGGAGGGGCAUUCUGACCUGUAGCUGUCUCUAUUUCCUGCCUAAGCUCAGAGCUUAACCUUCUCAUACUGGUGCCUUUAAUUCAUACUCACUUAAAUAUGCCUUAACACACUAGAUGACCAGAUCUGUCACUGGGCUCAGCACCAUCUUUUUGGGGAUUAUGUUCCUCAGCAGCUAGGUGGGAGUCAUCCAGAAUGGCUGAGCACACCACAGCCCCUAAGUGUGGGGCCCCUGGAACAUUCACUGGGCCCCACAGCAAAAUCUUCCAACUCAGAUCCAUGUUCUGUUCUAAAUUGUCUAAAAUAGAGGUUCAUACGUUGAGGUUAAGAAAUGAGUUUUUAGUAAAUGAGGGCUGAUUCAUGGGACUCCUGUUAUUCAUUAACACCUUACCACACAAUAAUUUGACCAGAUGCCCACAUAGCACGCAGGGGAGGAGUCAGGCAUGAGAGAGAUGGAGGAGGGGCAGGGGCUAAUGGAGAAUCUUUGCUUAGACCGCUGCUACCCUCCUGGAGACAUAGGGGUGCAGCUGAGGCUCAAUGACUGUUUCCACGCAGGCAGCUGACACGUGUGCCUGUGGCAGGAGGAGCCCGGGGCAGCUGGCUCCUGCACCCUCCACACCUUGUCUGCAUCUUCUCUUCUGAGAUCCUUCUUUAUGAUCCUUCAAACAGCCCUGAAGGUGCCAUAUUCCACCUUCUUCUAGGACCCAAGAAUUUUGUGCUCCUGCUUACCUCAAUCUCUGCUGUUGAAUUGGGAAACCAAAUUGGAAUCCUCUCUACUAGAUUCCAUCCCUAGAAGAUGCUACUGGCCUCUGCUUGUGAGCCCCAUUCCCAGUGGGACUCUCAUGCUUUAUGCGUGAGUUCCCAGAGAAGAGUGACUUUAGUUAAAGGGACAGUGUUUCACUGCUCAUGCUGCCCAGCACCCCACCAUGCUCACUGUCCCGUCCCUGUCCCAGGCCCGAAAGCAGGCCGCAGCCUUCAGGUGGGGAUUGGUGCUGAUAGAAGAGUUUAGAAAAAGGGAUCCCAGCACAAUCUGCUCUCUGCAUCAUACCUUACUCAUGGGAUCAUUGCAUGGGGGAGGGGGACUGCCUUGUUAUAAGAGACCCCAGGACUUCAUACCAGGAGUUGCCUUACCUCUGGGCUAUUCUCCAGCUGAUGGGGAAGUACUGGCUGUGGGGGAAGUCGAUUAAAAAACAAAAAAAGCAAAACAGUGCAGUGUAACACUGAGUUGAAUCUGCUGUUAGGUUCACCAGCCUGAACUUCUCAUGGGAGAAGAUUUAAGCCGCUGGAGAGCCCACCUUGUCUAGAUGGUGUGAGGACACCAGGAGACAGUGCCGCCUACCCCAGCCAUGUAAGCCCACACCUGCUGCUGCCUUUGUGACAAACCUGUCUCAGGCCUCAGCACUGAAGGGGCUACAGGCGUCCUCAAACCUACUGUUGGUGUUUUAACUUGGUUGCACCCGCUGUACUCGCCUUUCUAGCAAUGUUGUGGUUGUGGGUUUUAGGAUAUGGGUGUGAGGAGAUGUUCGGAUCAUGUCUAAGAUCAGUUCCCCUUUGCCCUCUCCCUUCUCCUAAGUCUACUGUAGUCUCUGAGCUGAAAGUGGUGUGUUCAUGCUCACGCGUGUCUGAAGACAUGUCCUGUUAGGACUCUUCAGGGCUCUUCUGGUUUAUGCACAGAUGGUUCCACACAUUUCCCACUGCUCCAGGAUGGGGCCAUCCCAGCAACUAAUCAGACUUCCUGCCGUGCCCUAACUCCCGGCCCUCUGUUAAGCAAUAUUGAAAGAUUGGACUUUGUAUAAAGUAGCUUCCAAGUUUUAUAAUGCAUCAUUUUACAUCUUUCAUAAUUAAAAGCAGCACAAUAUGGUUGUACCUGC